AUGACAGGCACGAAAAGCACUUCACCGAUGAAGCCAAGUCUUCGCGUUAAGAAAAUGGCGGUUCAAAAGAAGUCGAAAGAAAUCGAAGAGAAGAAACCGAAGAAGGACAUCGACGAGAUCUUCAAAGGAAUUAAAGAACGGAAACAAGUCAAAGCUCUUGAGAAGAAGGAGGCUGAAGACAAAAGGAAGUUGGUUGAAGCUCAUAAAGAAGAGGACAAAAGACAUAAAGCGAAAUACACGGAUGAUGGGUUUCGAAUUUAUUCAUUGGAAGAACUUGGACUCGACAAGAAUAAAAAAGGCGGAAAUACACCACUCUGCCCAUUCGAUUGCGACUGUUGCCACUAA